GUUUUCGGUGUCGAUCGGCCACAUAGCUUCCGUGACGCCAUGAAAAUGCAGAACCCCCAGAUUCCUAUUUCACGGAUGCUCGAUCGUGAUCGUCUUCCUCACAAUUUUCUCUAUCUCUUUUUUUUUUUUUUUUUUUGGGGUUCUCUAUCACUGUUUUGUCCUGACAACUAGGAAAGCCAAUGAAACGCUGGGACGUUGCCCUCCAGAACGAGUGAACCUCGCUCGGACACAAAGGCCAAACUUUUAACCGCAUACGUCACUUGUGCUCUGUUUUCCUGCCUUAGUCGUUAAGUCUAUAUCUGGUCAGUCGGUUAAUUGGUUAAGACGCAAGAGGGAAGACAACGACACAUCUUGAACGUUCCAAUGGCUGUAAAUGUGUGGACCAUUGGCUGUUGAAUAGAUGGAAUGAAGUCCAAGUUUUCGGUUGCCAAUGGCCCAUCGUGGCGUUUCUUUUCCCGAGCAGAACAUCAGUCCGAAGCCGGCAUUGGUACAGUUACGUCGAAACAAGUUAGUAUCUUCUAGGGACGAAAAACCCGGGUUCGAGCUUAAUUUGGGUGCCCGGCUCGUCCUAACUUUAAGAUUUGGGAUUUGAACGAUGGGUGACAUAAAACCCAAACCCGACAAGUCAUGACCCUUCUCUUGUUCCUUUGAAACCUAUGAGGUUAUGUAUAGGUUGCUCACUUUAGUUAACCAUAACAAGAACAGGAUUGUGAUAGGAGUUACAGUGUAUGUCAAGAUAAAUUUAUCAUUCAGUGAAUUCCAAUCGGUUUGGGUGUUCUGUCUUCUCAUUUGAGGUCGGUCUAGGGUUCCCUCGGAUUUGAGUCGGAUUUGUUGGGUUCGGUUUGGAAAGGGUCUACCACCUCCAACCUGCCCCAAUUUGGAAUCUCCAAUCAGAGUAACUUAAGGCAAAUGAAGUUGAUAACCAGCUAUUUUAGGAUAAAUGACAUUUCAAAGUGUCCUUACGACACUUGAAAAGCCACAAUCAAUAUUCUUCGAAAUCAUUGUCACUUAGCAUACAGUUUCCGUUUCUGCGGAAGGCAUUAUCCAUGUGAAGCAAAAAUUGAACCUCGGAUAGAUUCAUACAUCCUACAAAUUCACCCUCAAUAUGGAAUUAGGAGUACUAACAACAAGGCCAGUUUAGAGUUCACACCAUCGUAAAUGGCUGGGCACAGGAACACCAUGCCUAUGUAUGCUCAACCUUGACUCGAUGUCCGCGCAAAAGUAGCACACAUCUAAUCAAAUCAAGUCGGCCAGACAACACUUUGUUUGAUUCGAAACCUUAUUUGUGUUAGUAAAUGCACAAUCUCAUUCCUAUUUUGGCUAUGGAAACCUGCCUUCCUUGCACAUUGUUCAGCUUUACCCCUAGUCCGUACUGAUGCCACGAUCACUGGAUGUAGAUUGCUUUUUCGAUCUGCCUUUUGCCUCCAUACAUCAGAAGGGAUGCAAAUGAACCGGAAAUUAGGUGCAUUCUUAAAGUACACAUGAUAAAGGAUGCGACUUUAACGAGGUAUCUGCCAUUCUCAUCUGUCAUUCCUAAGAAAAGGCUCAUGGUUCAAAGGAUGAAUCUUUCUGCAUCAGCAGACCGUAACUGUAGAUUCUCUAAAGCCUGGUGAGAUCUGUCUGUAGAUGAGGACCCAACAGUGAUCUCAAGAGACUUUAACCAUGGUUUGUCUCAUCUGAAGCCACAAAGAGCAGCAAAAGAAGAGUUGGAUGGCAAGGACCAUACCUGUCAAAGACUUAGUCUGUUCCCCAGUAGAAGGAAGCUAAUGUCGUUGCAUUGUGAAUGAUGCAGGUAUUUUUCCUGUCUUUGCUGGCUGGCUGUAGCAUCUGCUGGUUCAAUACGGUAUGCUACGUUUUGUGCAUCAGGAACUUCCAAUCAAACAGGGCACUAGCAUUAGCCCUCACCAUCAGUUUCAACGGCGUAACUGCUGCUCUGUACACUCUCAUAGCCAAUGCAAUAAACUCCGAUGACGACACCCUCUACCCCUUCCUAAAUGCCAUUGUCCCUCUCUUUACUUCGGGUGUCGUCCUGCUCCCUAUCCUCCGCCAACCGCCACCUCAGCAGCUCCCACCUGAUGCCAUUAGACGCGACUCGCACAUCUUCCUCUUUCUCAAUGCCGUUGCUGUCCUCACUGGCCUUUACCUCCUCCUCCUCAACCCACUCUCAUAUAAUUCAUACCGAGCACGUCUACUCCUAGCAGGGGCAAUUCUCCUCCUGGUCCUUCCCCUAUGCCUCCCCGGUCUAGUGUAUGCUCGAGAGUGGGCCCGCCGUGUCAUCAGUUCUAGCUUAAGUCUCAAUGGGUCAACCUUCAGUCUUGUAGAUGUUGAUGACCUUGAGCUUCAUAAGGAACUGAUUGGAAGCGAGCCAGCAGCGAUCAAUGCUCCAAUGACUGGGAAUGGGAACAGAAGUACGUUCAUUCUACGAGCUAAAGAUGGGUGUUGUGGAAAUGUGAUGGAAAAGGAUCAGUUGACAGUAUUGGGUGAGGAGCACUCGGUCAGGCUGCUUGUGCGUCGCUGGGACUUCUGGUUGUACUAUCUGGCUUAUUUGUGUGGGGGAACAAUUGGGUUGGUGUACAGCAACAAUCUAGGGCAAAUUUCACAAUCACUUGGAUACGGCACUCAGACUAGUGCAUUUGUCACUCUCUACUCAUCUUGCUCUUUCUUUGGUCGUCUGCUUGCAGCUGGUCCCGACUUCCUCCGUGACAAGAUAUACUUUGCAAGGACUGGGUGGCUUGCCAUAGCACUUGUUCCAACACCAAUCGCUUUCAUUUUGCUUGCCACAUCAGGCAAUGAGACAAUUCUGCGCGCUGGUACGGGCUUGAUUGGGCUCAGCUCUGGCUUUGUAUUCUCAGCUGCAGUCUCAGUCACAUCCGAGUUGUUUGGACCAAAUAGUGCUGGGGUCAACCACAACAUCCUGAUCACCAACAUUCCAAUAGGUUCACUCCUCUACGGCCUUCUUGCAGCUCUUGUGUAUGACGCCGGUGCGGAGACCACGGCACGCCAAAGCUUGCUCGGUGAUGCCACGAUAUGCAUGGGUAGGAAAUGCUAUCAGCAGACAUUUAUAUGGUGGGCCUGUAUUUCAGUGGUGGGUCUAGCUUCCAGCAUAUUGCUCUUCCUACGGACCAAGCCUGCUUAUGACCGGUUUGAGAGGAACAGAAAUAGGACAGACUUCUCUUAGCUCCUGCAUCUGAAGAAAUUUUGGAUCCAGUAGGAUAUACU